UUUGUUUUAACCAUCUUUGAACUAAUUUUCUUGUUUGGUUUUCAGCAGCAGCAGCAUCAUGUCUCCACAGUCUGAUCGCUGUCCUUACAAAGAGCAAGCCAGUGGCAAGUACUUUGCCUGCCCGGCUCCAGCUUGUUCUCUCAGCUCAGCCGAGGAAGAGAUCGAGGACACGUCCGCGGCCAAAGCCGAUUGCAAAAGGCGAGCCCGGGGUCGCGGCAAAGCCCGGAGCCAGAAGUUGGUGCAAAGAAUCAAGAAGACCCGGCGCAUCAAAGCGAACAACCGGGAGAGGAACAGGAUGCACAACCUGAACGGGGCGCUGGACGCGCUGAGGGAGGUGCUGCCCGCGUUUCCAGAGGAUGCCAAGCUGACCAAAAUCGAGACCCUGCGCUUCGCUCACAAUUACAUCUGGGCACUGACCGAGGCUCUGCGGCUCGCCGAUCCCAGCGGGGACACCAGCGCCGAAGGGCCGGACAGGCAGUACCUGGACACGGGGCUGAGCAGCCCUAGCCCCGGGGCUUCGGCCAGCUCUUGGAACAGCUUCAGCUCGCCUUCCUCUUCCUCCUACUCAAGCACUUUAUCGCCGGGCAGCCCCGCGCAGGCGGAAGACAUCUACUUCGGGCAACCCGAGAGCCUGUACGCUGCCGCUAAACGCCAGUCGGACUUUUUGCAGGCCUCUUCUCCAUUCCAUGAAUUUAUUUAAAGCUCGCAUAUCUUGUAUCAGAGACGGGGGAACCCUGUCUGUCUAUUGCAUUGAAAACAAUGAGUAUGCCUAUUGGCUGGGGAGAAAAAAAAGUUGGAGACACACUGUUUACAUUUCUUAUUAGCGUUUAUAGGAUUGAGAUUUUGUCAUGUAUUUUUUAAAAAGAAAAUGUAUUUUUCACUGCUGAUACACGUUAACCGCCGAGGUCCAAUGGUCCAUACUUCGGCAUCUGCCUUUCUUGCCAGAGAGAACUCUGUUGAAGGCUGUGGGAAUUUGAACUGUCAAACCAAACUUUUCCUCGCUGCACU